UCAAGCAGCAAACCUCAGUCUUGCGUUGGCUCUCUCAGCGUAAAGAUGUCGUCCUCGGCAAACCCCUUUAUUACAAUGGCAGCGAUUCUUGCGGUUCUGGCAGUUGCCGUCGAGCCUCAGGGAGCCAUCGAUAUCUUACUCGUCAAGCAAAACGAACUCCUCCAACUUGUAAAAGGUUUAGAGUCUGUCACCAACGAACAACUGGAACUUUUUAACAACAAACUUGAUGCAGGAUUAGAGACGAUACAGAACUCCAUUAUUAAAAACGAGUGUGUCACCAACGAGCAACUGGAACUUCUUAAAAACAAGGUUGAUGCAGAUUUUGGAUUGUUGGGGCAAUGUUCACAAAGUCAAAUCGAUGUUUGCUAUCUCCCAGCGAACUUCGAAAUGCCAAGUUUGGAUUGUCUUCAUGACAUCGCUCACCAUAUCUUGAUUCUCAGUCGCCAAGAUUGCUGUUCAGAAAGGCUACAUAACUUUGAGAUUCGCCUGGGAAACUGCUUGGAGACGCCUGGAAACUUCUCUUCUUUUGAUCUCCUGAAUUUCUUCGAAGGACCUUACAAAAAGGAAGAUGGAUUCCUCAUGUAUACCUUUCCCAAGAGUGUUAAGGGAAGAUACCUAAGUCUACAGAUUGUUGCAGAUACGGAAGAAAUUCUACAUCUUGACACUGUCAAAGUGAUCGGUUUAAGGAACUAAGUAGCUACCUUACUGGCCACAAUUCUUUUCUUCAAAUAUUGUGAAGUUUUUAAAUUCCUUGAAUACGGUUUCAGCCAAUUGAAAUAUGAUACAAGGCUUCCUGUAUUACGUAUCUUAUAACUCAAUAAAUUGAUGAAGCA